AUGGCCUCUUUCACAACCGGCGGAGCCACCAUGGCUGUUUCUCUGGAGAGGCGCGACGAUGGCCAGCCACGGUUUCCGGGUUGCUCAAAUAUCACUGAAUAUACGUUCGUUGGAAAGCUCGGAGAAGGCACCUUCGGUGAGGUCUACAAGGCAAAAUCCAAGAAGGACUCCUCCGUUGUGGCGCUGAAGAAAAUUCUUAUGCACCAUGAGAAGGAAGGCUUUCCAAUUACCGCCAUCCGGGAGAUCAAGCUCAUGAAGGCGCUCUCACAUCAAAACAUAUUACAGCUCAGAGAGAUGGCCAUUGAGCGAGUCAAAGGCGACGGAUUCAAAAAGCCGAGCAUGUACAUGGUCUUCCCAUAUAUGGAGCAUGACCUGGCAGGACUACUGGAAAAUCCCUCGGUCCAUUUCAGUGAACCACAAAUAAAAUGCUACUUGAUGCAGCUCCUUGCGGGACUCAAGUACUUGCAUGGACAACGCAUCCUGCAUCGUGAUAUGAAAGGUAACGGUCUCAUUAUUACUCUUCCAAGAUAUGAACUAAUAUGCUUUAUAGCUGCAAACUUGUUGAUCAGCAACGGCGGAAUUCUUCAAAUCGCUGAUUUCGGCCUUGCCCGGCCCUAUGAUGAUGCACCUCCACUCCCAGGGAAGGGCGGGGGAGAAUCCAAGAGAGAGUAUACUGCGCUUGUUGUCACAAGAUGGUACCGCCCCCCUGAGCUGCUGCUGCAACUGCGAAAGUACACUACAGCUAUUGAUCUGUGGGGAGUUGGCUGUGUCUUUGGUGAAAUGUUCAAGGGAAAGCCAAUUCUCGCAGGAAACAGUGAUUUGAAUCAAGCGCAAUUAAUCUUCAAUCUCGUGGGCACUCCCACCGAGGAGAACAUGCCGGGAUGGAGUCAGCUACCCGGAUGUGAGGGAGUGAAGAACUUCGGAUACAAGCGCGGCAACCUUUCCGGAUUUUUCCAAGAGUUGAGUCCAACCGCUGUAUCACUACUCGGUGAGCUUCUCCGUCUUGAUUGGAGGAAGCGUAUCAAUGCAAUGGAUGCCCUCAAGCACCCCUACUUCACUACACCACCACUACCCGCCAAACCCGGGGACAUUCCACAGUUCUCGGAUUCCCACGAACUCGACCGCAAGAAGUUCCGCAGCCAGCGACCGCCUGUGCCGCCUGUUCCCCCCGGCGUCCCCGAUGCCCCACCCAAUGGCGCCUGGCCAACCUCCGGCUCUCGGGGACCAGAUUCACGUCAUGGACGUGUCCCCGGGCCUGGCCGCGGAGGUAGACCACCUCCACCAGGAAACCAUGCCAACCCCCAACGCCGUGCCCCAUUCCCGCCCUCAAGAGAUACAGGUCUUCCCCCACGCCCCCCUGUGUCCUCCAACCAGCCGUGGGAUGGGCCUCAAUCCAACCGACCUGAUGGAAGAGACGAUCGAAGAGGACAAUUCCCUCAAAGCCGCCCAGGAGGAAAUAGGCCGACUAACAAUCUGGACUCAUACGUCCCCAAUUACAACGACCGCAAUGAUCGCCCAAGAGACUCUGGAGAGCAUGGGCCCUCAAACCCCGACUGGCGUGGUACGGCGGGCCGUCGUGACUACAGACGUGACCCACCAAGACGAAGAAGUCGGAGCCCUAGCUUCAGAGAUGGGAGUCGAGGCUGA